AUGUAUCGGUUUUUGGCAGUCGAUUCCCUUCUCCACAGGGCCGCCAACGAGAAGCUUCGAACUAUUCCGACCAAGCAACAUCGGUCAUUACGGGCUGUGGGGCAUCAUUUGGGUGUGUCGCACACCACUGUCCGCAGGCUCAUCAAAGACAAGCAGAUCCGGGUGAGCGCGAAUUCCCUCAAGCCCCUGCUCAAGCCACACAACGCCCAUCACAUUAAUUACUGCUUGGAGUUUGUGGAGCAUUCGAACGACGUGUGCAAGUUCAAUCCGAUGUACAGCGACGUGCACCUCGACAGGAAGUGGUUUUGGCUCGACGAGCUGACAAAAACAAUCUACCUCGGAAUCGACAAAGAGGAACCGACGCGAGCAUGUCACAACACGAACUUCCGAACCAAAGUGAUGUUCCUUUGCGCCGUGGCGCGCCCACGAUUGGUUGGCGUGCCAGCAUUGCGUACAAGUCGAAACCGACAAGCUGGUACGAUUGAAACCAAGCCCAUAUCCGUCACAAGAGACGUUUACUACGAUAUGGUGGUGAACCACGUCCUCCCUGCAAUUCGACGGAUUUGGCCGCCAUCACUGAAGGGCCUCCCGAUCCUACUUCAACACGACAAUGCCUCGGCGCACAACAUUCAUGACGCCAUGUUUGAGUCUUCGAUGGAACAUUUCGACGCGUUUUCAACCACCAAACAGCCCUGA